AUGUCUUCUACUCUUGCUUCCAGCACAGCCGGACCAUCGCCCGCAUCCCUUCGAUCGCUCCAGCUUGCAAGUCCAGAGGAAUCUAACGGUCGCUGGCCCUCGUCACAAGCCGUUAAAUUCAUUCGGCGUACGAGCGGCAAUAGCGUCAAUUCCACCCAGUAUUCGCUUGAUUCGGAUUCCUCCCCACACCCUCUUCGCCAGUCUGUAUCUGUUGACGAACUUGAAUCGACGGCUGGCCUGCGUCGUGAGGGCAACAAGCCUUUUGGGAAUCUGCCAAGUACGAGUGAACGGGCUGAAGAACAAUUCUCCGCACCGCCUCCAACAGAUUACUUCGCGCAAAAUGAAUGGACGCCUUCGCACGCUCCAGAAUCGCAAGGUUCUAGCCGCAAACGCUCUUCAGCUACAGUAACUCUUGCAAACGCCGCCAAGGGUCGAGUGGCUAACGGUCGGGACAGUCCGGCGCCACUCCACGGCCGCACGAACAGUGAUGACCGAGGCAACCAUACCGCCCUGGCACAUGUCCCAUCUCCUGUGCUUCCUCCCAGUGGUUCCGCUGAGGCGCUUGGAAGGCUUUUCCGUGGCGCGCAACUUCCAAGUAAUGGCAGACAUAUCAGUUCUGGCUUCUCUUUCCCGGCCUAUCUUGGAUCUGCGUACGGCAUCUCACGUGCCGAUUGGGCGCUUUUCACAUCUGAGAUCCGCUCCUUCAACCGCUGCACAAAGUGGGACAUUGCAUUUGUGCUCAGUGCAGCGAGUAUGACCCUAGGCAACUCCGCCGCGGCAGUAAUUCUUACUGCCCUCCUUCCAGCUCUUGGCAUCAGUCUGAUUGGCGGAACUGUUGUCACUGGCGGGCUUGGCCUCCUAGCGUUACUUCCCCUUGCAGUUAUUCCUGCCGCUGUGGUGGGUGAUAUUGUUCGGCGGUCGGCCAAAAGGCGCAAUCUCAAAACUGCCAGAGAGUAUGGAGCGAUUGAAAGAGUGUUGAAAGAGUGGAAUGACGUGUAUUUUCAUCCAAAAGGCCUCUCGGUUAAGAUUGAGUUGCCAAAAGAGGACGUACAUGGCAUGAAAGACAUGGAUUUGCUGACGCGGAAAUGGACAAAGCACGUCAGAGAGAGCAGAAUAUUGCCUAGGCUUGGUUUAGGCCAGAAUUUUGGAAGAGCUCCGGCAGUCAAGGAGAGCACCGAAGGCAGCGGAGAGCAGGACAACGGAGAUUCUAACGAACCGUCAGAUUCUUUGAUGGCAUCGACUCCGAAGCAGCAGAAAGAAACACUUCCUCUGCCGAGGCAAAAUCCAGCGGCUGAUAGAACUUCUGAUGUGAGCAGCAAUAGCCAUGAUGGCGCGCCUAAGGAGGCUGAGUCGAACGCUCCCCAGUCUUCAGCCACGGAUGAUUCUACGCCCAGUCGCGCCAAAUCUGUCUCUAACUCUGACACCCCGCAGGCUGAGCAGAAAGCUCUUCCUCGGGAGACAACCCCAGCUUCUUCUCUAGCGGUAGAUGGUAAUGCAUCCAUCAAUGCCGUCGACGAUGCUCACCCGUCUAUAGUUCCUUCAGUCUCCCCGCCUUUAGGAGCUCAUGUUGAUGCACACGAAGACGCGCUGGACCAAGACAAUACUACCCCUAGGCAAGGACAUCAAGAGAGCCCAAUCAGAGAAAAGCCAAAGGCUAAAGCGAAGCCGCGUAACCCAACUAAGUCCAAAUCAGGCGGUAAACGCGUACUGUUCUUUCGACAUGGUUUCUUUCCCAAACAGCAGCGACGGCCUUCCUCCAUAUCAUCUACUUCUUUUUCUUCUUCGGCGGCCCGCCACCAACAUUCGUCAUCUACCAGACCAUUUGGUCUUCGACCUACCGGAAUCUCGGAUAACGCAGGAUCCGAGGCGGCAUCCAUGUCCGCUUCGUCUUCGUCGUCUUCUAGAGCGCCCGCGCCAGACCUAACCUGGUCUGAACGCUGGCGUGCUCUGCAAGCAAGACGCGCCGCGCGACAUGCGGACAAGGAUAAGCGCCAUGCUCUUCGACGCGGGCGUAUUGUGCUUAUUCCGAUCGGCACACCAGAGCCGGCGAUGGGUGCUAUUCCGCAGGGCGCGAUACAAAGAGAUGUCCUCAGGAGACGAAAAUUGGUACGAGUCAUUGGCAAGAGCCGAAAGAGAGGUAGAGGGAAAAGGGUAUCUAGAGUCUGA